AUGGUCGAUUUAGAGGAGAAUUUCUCGAUUGGAUCAAGUAGAUAUUCCAGAACGAAUUCCUCGAUUUCCUCGAAGUCAAGUGGAUCGGGCGGGUCGGGCGAUUCUGGAGAUAGCUAUGUCGCGGUGAAACAUGGAACUUUCAUAAGAGCAUGUUGCAGCGGAUUUUGGAAGUAUUUCUGGUUUACUUUUGCCGUUGUAUUAGCAAUGGGCUCUGUUGUUGGGCUGGCAUUCCUUCUGGCAUACACAACGACUGGAAAUUCACCGGCGACAACUCCCGGUGAAAUCACGACUGGAGUCAUUGAUUCGACAAUUUCUUUUACUGCCACCAUCGAAUGGUUAAAUUCAACGACGACAACCAUGACGACAACUGCCACUGAUUCCGGAGAUCUGACGACAACAAUAAUGCCCUCAAAAUCGACAACAACUUCAACUAUCAAUCCAGAAACUUUUCCUUCUGAAUUGAUAACAGAGCCGAAUUUUCAAUCAACAAUAAAUGAAUUACCAGUUGAAACAACGACGAUUGAACUUUACUCGUCGGAAACAACCACUCUACUGGUUGACUCCUCAACAACGAACCUUCUUUCUAAAACAACGACAUUGAUAAUGGACACUGAGGAAGCAACUGCAGAUAGCUCGACAACAGCUUCGAUAGAAACAACGGCAGAUGAAGGCUUAACAGAAGCUUCAACUUUAUUAACAGAAGUGAUAACGAAAUCGCUAUCUACAGAUACAACAGUGGUAGAUAUUGAUCAAACAACCAUCUCUGACGACUCAACAUUAUCUACAAACACUGGAGACUCAAUGGAAACGAAGACAACUGAUUCAACAACGACAACAUCAACGACAUCAACAACGUCAACUACAACUACAACGACAACAACAACGACAACAAUCCUUGGGCAAUGA